AGCGACAUCAUGGAGACCAAACCGGUUAUCACCUGCCUCAAGACCCUCCUCAUCGUCUAUUCCUUCGUCUUUUGGAUCACCGGCGCCAUCUUGCUGGCUGUGGGAGUAUGGGGCAAGUUGAUGCUGGGCCCAUACAUCUCUCUCAUCGCCGACAACUCCACCAACGCCCCCUACGUGCUCAUCGGUACCGGGACCGUCAUUGUGGUUUUUGGCUUGUUCGGAUGCUUCGCCACAUGCAGAGGAAGCCCAUGGAUGCUCAAACUGUACGCCAUGUUUCUGUCGCUGGUCUUCCUCGCCGAAUUGGUGGCCGGGAUUAGUGGAUUUGUCUUUCGUCACGAGAUAAAGGGAACCUUCCACAGGACGUACACCGACGCGGUUCUCAACUACAACUCUGAGGAUGAGGCGAGCCGCGCUGUUGACAACCUGCAGCACAGACUGCGCUGUUGCGGGGUGUACAACUACACCAGUUGGUUCGGCAGCGUGUAUUAUCCCUUGAACGGCAUUCCCGCUAGCUGCUGCAUCAACUCUUCGGACUGCGACCCGAACGACCUCCGCAACGCGACUGUGGCUCCCAACAAAGUUUAUCACCAGGGUUGUUACGAGCUCGUCACUUCAUUCAUGGAGACCAACAUGGCCAUCAUCGCAGGCGUCACCUUUGGCAUUGCCUUCUCACAGCUGAUUGGUAUGCUGCUGGCAUGCUGUCUUUCAAGGAUCAUCACAGCCAACCAGUACGAGAUGGUGUAG